CCGGUAUUGAUACCAAUAGUGAGUCCGUCAUUUCUUGCUUAGGUUGGUGAGUUUCUUCCUGAGUGAUAGAUUUUUAAUUUAUUUAAUCAUGGCUCUCGUGGAAACUAAUUCAUUCCAGAAUCGACCAAUGUCGAUGCCGACCAUGUCUUUAUCAAGACUGGUUGAUUUCACCGUGCAACGUACUUACCAUGAGCUUCUUAUACUGACUGACCUACUACCACAAAAAUCUGACAUUGAAAGGAAAAUAGAAAUUAUUAGCUUUGCCAAUCGAACUAGACAACUUUUCAUCCGGUUAUUGGCUCUUGUCAAAUGGGCUGGAAGUGCUUCAAAAGUAGAAAAAUGUUCGACAAUCGUGGCUUUUCUCAACAAGCAAGCUAUGUUUUUCAUAGAAACAGCAGAUUCCUUAGCCAAGAUGGCUCGAGAAAAUUUAGUUCAAGCAAGGCUUCCUGCUCUCCAACUGCCGGCUGCGGUUGAGGUACUCACUCUUGGCUCUUAUACCCGGCUGCCAACAUGCAUAAGAGAUAGAAUAGUUCCUCCUGAUUCCAUUACUCCAGCUGAAAAGAAAGCAACUUUGCAGAGAUUGAACCAAAUUAUCCAACAAAGGCUAGUGAUUUCAAAUUUAAGUCCACAAAUGAAAAAUUUCAAAAUUGACCACGGUAGAGUUAUAUUUCAUGUUAAUCAUGAAUUUGAGAUGGCACUGACUUUAAUGGGAGAUAAUCCAAACUUGCCAUGGAGAGUUUUGUCAAUCGACUUUUUGGUUGAAGAUAAAGAAACUGGAGGUGGUAAAGAUCUCGUACAUCCAAUCCAAGUCCGAUGCAUUUUAGACAUAAUUCAAUCGCGUUUAAAUGAUAACUCUAAAUCUCUAUUAGAUCCUUAUAUUGUAUUACAUACUUUUUGCCUUAGUCUUCAACUUGAAGUUUUGCAUGCUCAGGCAACAAGACUCAGUAGAGAAAGACUUGGAGAGCUAGUCAAGGUAGAAGAAUAUUUCCUUGGUAAAAAGUUAUGUAUCUCAUAUUGGAGAAAUCAAGAUGACAAAAGUGAAAAGUCCGAUAAAAGCGAAUCAAAAUCCCCGUGUAAAAUUAUCAUUGAAAUAGAUAAUCAAGAUCAAUCCAAACUUUUGCAAGUAACACAUUUGCCUGAGUUAGAUGCAGAUACUACUUUAAGCAACGAACCAUUCAAGUUCGAUCAUUUAUCCUUAGAAAAACUUCUUAUUCAUACAACGCAUGAAAGAGCUAGACAAUAUCUAUCAUCUAUUCAAGAACAGAUAAAAAAUAAUCAGAUUGGCAAAUGUUCUCUCUCGGGCUGUCCACCAGUUCUUCAAAUCUCAUUUGUACAUGACUCUUUACCUCAUGAACGGAUAGCAGUGGCUGUUGACACUUUUAGCGGACAAUUACUAGCAGAUAUACCUAUGUUUGAUGAUCCAGAGUUGAAAGAUGAACUACAAACUACAAUAAAGAAAGAUCCUUCCAAUUGGUCUCCACUCUUAGAUAAACUUAAAAUUCUGGUUUAUCGGGAUCGGUUCAAGAGGGCAGCUGAGUAUCUCUCAGUUUCAACUCAUGACAGCUUACUUUGGCACUCAUCUGUAAAUCAUCCGGUUAUCAGUGACACUACUACAGCAAAGCUCUACGUUCAAUUCUGUCGGUAUCCAAAGAACUUUAUGCUAAUCACCUUUAAACCAAAUCUCCGCAAUAGUGAAAAAGAAAUGGAUUUCCGUUACUAUCUGUUAUCAAUCGAACCAGUGCCUAUUGAAUUUUUUGAUGACCAAUCUUCGUCAGAUGAUCAAGAUAUACCGAAACUUAGUGCAAAACUCUUAUCAUUAUUCGAAAUAGAUGUUCCGAGUUCACUUGGAUCUCCUAAAGCAGCCUUUGAAUAUUUCAACCUUGUCAAUGGAGCUGGAAAAAGAAAAUUAAUUUGUGAUGAUUACAAUUUAAAACGUAGCAAAAUAUGCAACUCAUUUACAUCUGAAUUUAUGCAUCUAGUUAAUUUCUGUGAUGAGAAACUUUUCUUCGGUGUCUUAUCUUCUGAGUUAUUGAAAAGACGGAUUUGUCACCAAGUGCGAGAUUGUGACAAAGCUGGUUAUAUGCAUUAUAUUGAUAUCACCCAAUAUCCACCUGACUCAUUUGAGUCUGCUUCUAGAUUACGCUCAAAUUUAAUUAGUUGCACCAUUCGCUUACAAUCCAGAGGUAUCUAUAAAAUUUGGGUGGUCUCGUUAACCUUUUUCAAUAGUCCAGUACUUAAUCAAACUCCUAGAGAUGCAACACAGAAGAAAGUUGUCUGCAUGGUGUAUGAUUUUUCAACCGGUUUUCAUUCUCAACUAGUACAAAUGAUUAAUGAUCUUCAUAAUGAUUGGAUUGCUAUUUCCAAAGUCUAUGAAAUUUUUGCCGAUUUUAUCGAUCAAAUGAAUGCCACCAAUUCUCCCCCGGUUUUCGAGAUUAAGUCCUUCAAUUACAAGAAAUUGACAUUAGGUUAUGGUCCAAAUAAGGGUUACAUUGUUUCAAUAAAUUGGAAGCCUUUUGAAAAGCGUUAUCAUCUAUCAUUUGCCAUCAAUGGCUUAUCAUCUUCAAAUAUUAAUCCUCAUUUAAUUAUCGCUGCACAAUUACAACAUGAGUUUAAUCAACACCGUUCUAUUGCUUGGCUUUUACAAACACUAAACUCGACCUUUUCGCCGUUAUUGACACUACAAAAUCUCACUAGUACACCGCUCCUUGGAGUGGUCAACAGUCGUCCUCACGUGCCUGUUCAAACAUUCUGUAUCGUCCCACAAAAAAGCAAUCAUAUCAGACUUAUUUAUCGAAAUACAUAUUGUCUCGAUAUUAUUCUUAGUGUUGAUGGUUUUGUAUCCAUAAGAGAUGGAGCCUAUAGCCUGUUUGAUAAAGCUAAAGUCCUGGAAGAACUUAGUCCCAUCCAAGGAUUAAAAGCUUUUCUUAAUAAAUUCGUUGAUAAAAAUGCUGCACAAAUGAGACGAUUGUCUCAAACAGAAGACGACAAUCCGCCAUCGCCAAUGACUCAUAUUGAGCAUGUUGAACCAUAUCUAUUUCAAUCGAACCAUAACCAAACUGCCUCUCCAAUGACGAUUAAUUCAGCUCAAGAUUCAAUGAUGAUGAAUGCCGGUGGUCCAGGAGCUCGUGGUAUGCGUCAAGUCAUGACUCCAGGAUCAUUAUCACAUCCAAAUACUCCCGCAUCACCUCACACUUCCGUACUAAAUCAAAAUGCCUAUGCAUCCUCUCCGAAUCCAUCAUUUGCGUUAGCGUCACCUCCAUCUCAUGGUUAUCAAACUAGCCAAAGUGGUCAAAUAGCUCCGUCUCCAUCUAUUCCAGUUUCUCAUCCUGAACAGUCUCCAGGAAAUAUUUUUGGUGUCAAUUCUCCUAUGAACCCUCUUCAUGCACCUUCACCCUCAUUUUUGCCUAUAGCAAGUCCAUCUGCUGCUACAAACAUACAUUCACCGGCAUCCAAUUUCAUGAGUACAUCUCAUGAUCAUUCUGUCAACUCACCAUUCCCUGGUCCAGGAGGAUCAAAUAUCUCAAUGCAAUCUCCUGCCUCUGUGCCUUGGCCAAAUAGUCCUUCAAUGGCUCGACCUUCACCAAGACCAGGUCCUAGUCCAGUUGGUGGAGGGUUAGGAGCAAGUCCUCAGACUAAUGUAUCACCGCAUUAUCAUAAUGUUCCUGGACACAUUGCCAUGUCUUCAACCCGAUUCUUACCUCAACGUGCCUGGGCGGCAGCCAAUCCUACUUUAUUAACGUAUCAAGGGUUCGAUAACAUGUGUCGUCCUCACGCGCCUCUUGAGUCUCCUCCAGCUCAUCAUCACAACCCAGUUUAUGCUUCACUGUCUCAAUUAGAACGAUUUUUAGGAUGUGUUUUCAUGAGAAAGACCCUCCAACGAACCCUAGGAGCAGGAGAUGGGUUUCAAGUAAUAACAAGCAAUCCAACUCCAGGAAUUAUCCAAUUCAAAAAUGAAACUUUACAAUUCAAAAUAACUGUCCAUCCUAUUACCAUGCAGUCUCUCCAAAUCAGUAUCAUACCAUUCCCAGAACAUGAAAAUUCGUGGUUAUCAGAAGAACUGGAUAUUCUAAAACGUUUCUUCGAAAGCCGCGUCGUCUGCGCUCCUUAUAAGCCUAAUCCAUUUAUUUCUUACUCACGGCUCCUGAACGUUCCACAUCGUGUAUGCAAAGAUUGUAUACAGUUGAUGAGACUUGAAUUGUUCCCUGAUCCCAGUCUUAAAUGGACUUUACAAUGGUUGCUAACAAUAACACCGGCGCAACUUGAUCGUCCGAUCGGAAAACCUGGAAUGUCUGCUGUAUUUGUUUUCAAAGGCUCAACUGUAGUUUUCUUUUUACAAUUUACCAGAGUUAUGCAUAACCUCCCAAUGAAUGUGGAACCCCAAACCUUAGUUAUACCAUUUAUGUUUGAAAUGGAACGUAAUAUAUUACGAGUAGCUUCUGACAAAAGCACAGGAGCUCAAACUCAAACCUAUCCUGUUAUAAAUGAAAUCAAUACAAUUCUAGCCCGGUACAAUGAAUAUCAAAUGCAGUCUGGAGAGUAUUCCAUUUUCCAUGCUAUUCGGGAAAUAAUGAUGAGUGAUCUAGCAGCACAACCAGUUUAACGAACAAAGUGACCUAUCUUGUAAUAUUCCUUUUUUGACCAUUGGUUUUAAUCAAAUUUGUAUAGUCCGUGUCAAAAUUAAAACUUUGACUUUGGUGGUUUUUUCUAAAAUAUUAUCCGUGUACGAAUCUAAUCACUCUUCAUCGAUCUAAAAAAAUUUUAAUCCAUGAUAAUUAAAUAUUAGAUGAUAUUAGAAUUUUUUUAUCUCUUUUGUAUUACUCUCAAACUUUUAUGCCAUCGCAUAACCAUCAAUGUUGCGUCUUAUGACACAAACAAGAAACUGAAUUCUCGAUAUAAUUUGGAUCAAAUAAAUGUAAAUAUUUAAAUAAUAGUUGAAUAAAUCAAUUUU